GCGAUGGGCGUCGCAUGAGUACCGGGCGUCGCCUGAGUGCCAACAUCGGUGAGAUUGGAGCCGCCAUCGGUGCCCAGCUGGGUAUCAAGCCCAGUAGUCGACCAAGUAGCCCAGGAGGUCGUCGCGCGUCUGAUGCCAGUUUGCCCGGCUCGGUACCUGACGUUACGGAUGAGAUUCUGAAAGAAAAGCAAAAGCGCGAUGAGCAAGAGCGAAAGAAGAUCGAAGAGUAUGAUAUCAAAGUGAAGAUGCAUGACAAGGGUGGCAAGGCGACAGAAAUCUACAAGGCCUUGAGGACAGACCCUUCCCAAUUCAGCGGGACGCGUCUGAAGUUGCAUCACUUUAUCUCCUGGUGGGGAUUUGACACGGGCAUAGGCCUGAUCAUUAUCAGCAAUGCCAUCACCAUCGGUUGGGAGACACAAGUGAAAUCCUCGGUGCCUUUGGGCUGCACCGAACAGUGUGACUGUGCAAACCAGCUAGACAUGUCGAUGUCAUGCCAGACACCUCCUGAGUGGAUUGCAGCAUUGGACUACUGCUUCUAUGGAGUCUAUGUCGUUGAACUGGUGGCACGUGUUGGUGUCUAUGGAAUUUGGGUUUUCAAGAGCCAUUGGGUCAAGUUCGACUUCUUCCUGGUGCUCACUGCGACAGCGGACCUCUUUGUGAAAGCCGUCUCACAAGAGAGUGUCAAGAUCCUGAUGUUAGUGCGCAUGUUGCGUUUGGCUCGCUUAGCGAGAGCAGUUCGUCUCAUGGUGCAGUUCAAGACCUUGUGGCAGCUGGUCCAAGGACUUUUUCACAGUUUGGGCACACUGUUGUGGACGUUUUUGUUGAUUAGCAUCUUGAUGUAUGUUGGUGCCAUCGUUGGCAUGGAGCUGAUUCGGCUGGAUGAAGACUUGCCACUGGAUCAUCCUUACAACAAAGCUUCAAGCAACAAUUUCUCAGAUUUCAUUGAUGCGCUCAUGACGCUGCUGCAGAUAUUCAGUUUGGACAGCAUCGGUGCCAUCUAUAAGCCCAUCAUCAAGCACAGAUUCUUCCUGCUUGUGUACUUCAUGUCUGUGUUGCUCCUGCUCUCCAUUGCCUUGAUGAAUUUGGUCACGGCUGUCAUGGUGAACUCCUCCCUGGAUCAAGCAACUCAAGACAAAGAGGCGUUAAAAGCCUGGGAAUCGGCACGCAGAGCCAAGCAGAUCGAUCACUUGAAGGAUAUGUUCCUGCUGCUCGAUGAGGAUGGCUCUGGGGAGUUGACGCUGGACGAGAUCAAUGGAGCGCCAGAAGAGACCCAACAGCAGCUCAAGGAGAUUGUAGCUACUGACGACCUGAGGGAACUCUUUGACAUGUUGGACUACGAUGGAAGUGGAACCAUCGGUGUUGAAGAGUUUUGCGAUGGCAUAUUGAAAGCAACGACUCGCAGCACUGGAAUCUUGGAACUGGGACGUUUAGUCAAGCAAUGCUCUGACACGCUCCAGAACACCCGAGAGGCUAUUGCGAUCCUGCAGCUAGAAGAAGUGAAGGAAUUUUGCGAGAACCGCAAAGGGCAAAUUCCACAGUUCGAUGCCCACAACAAUCGAAUCAACAGUGCAAGCGCCAGCCGGGCCGAUAGUCGCCCUGCUAGCGCCAACCCCAUGCGAAGAGCAUCCAACAGUAAGGAUCGGAGGGGAAGUCUCGGCGGUCUGGGUGAUCUGGGCGGCAGCGAAGACGCAGUGUCAGUGAAGGAAGGUGACAUCAAUCGGUUAGAUAGCAAAGUCAACAGGAUGGAAAGCGAUUUAGGCGAAGUGCGACAAGACAUCAACAAAGUCUUGCAGAUGAUCAAUGACAAGAUGCAAAACGCUCGACCUAGUCGCAACGCCUCGCCGAAUCUGCGCAGCAGCAGUGAAGAAGUUCGGCGAAGAUAG